AUGCAUUCACUCCUCAUACAUGUUAACACUGGUCCCUUCCACAAUGAAGAUAUUGAUGAUGUGCUUCCUCCUCCCGUCGCCUCUCUUUUUCACUGUGCUGCUCGCAAGCCAACACCUACGGAGCAACUGGAAGAUGAACGAUUGCAUGAAAUCCUGGGUCCCCCUUCGGAUGAGGAGCCUCCUUCCGACGAUGCUGACGGGCCUCCUUUCGACGAUGAUGCUGCAGAAACAGCAGACCAUCGUCUCACUCCGGCAGAGAUGGAAUCUUUCCUGAAUCAGCAAUCCUUUCUUCAUCAUCACCAUUCAGAGCGCAUUGCAACUUACCACCUCUAUUGCCGGGUGCACAACUUAUUCCCUUCGGAUUGGACUGGAAAGGGGAGUAUUGGAUUGGCAAUCAAGGACGCUCUUGGGAUGAAGACGCCGAAGCCAAUCAAGAAUAUCUUCGGAGACAUCAAUUACUCUGCCAGGAAUGACCUUGAGUAUGUUGGUUAG